AUGGCCACCGAUUACAGCAAGAAGACCAAUGCAGAGCUGGUGGAGAUUCUCAAGUCUCGCAGUCUUCCUCAUACCGGCAAAAAGGCGGACAUGGUCGCCCGUCUGCAGGAGGAUGACACAAAGAAGGAUACUGCACCCGCGAAAACUGACAUCGGAGACGAUGUGAUUGAUUGGGAGGACGAUGAAGUUCCAGCUGCGAAACCCGCCGAAGCCGCCGCUCCUGCUCAGGAUAAGCCCGCCGCUACAAAGCCGGAGGAAGCCAAGGUCGAGACUACAGAGGCAAGCCAAGAAGGAUCGGAAGGCACAGUCACAGCAGCACCAGAGACGACAGCGGCUCCUGUUGAGGAGAAGCCUGCCCCUAACUAUUCCAUGGGUCUUUCUGUUACAGAUAUGGAAGAGGAACUGAAGAAGCGCAAGGCUCGUGCGGAGAAAUUCGGUGUCACGGAUGAUAGCCAAGCCGCUAUCGAUGACGCAGAGAAGAAGCUUGAGCGGGCUAAGCGCUUUGGAGCUGGCGCUGAGGCCACAGGCAAUGGCACUGCGGCAAUCGGUCGACUUGACCAGGCCCUACCGGACGAGAAGUCCCGCAAGAGAGGUCGUGGUGAGAACGACCAAGGAGCGCGUGGAGGCAAGAGAAGAAACCUCAAUGGGCGAAACAACUUCCGGCAUCGCGGACGUGGAAACCGAAAUCAGGGACAAGGCCCGAAGCGUAGUGGAAACGCGACGGAGACAACUGGUCCCAACUGGAGUGAGAAGGACAAAGCUGCCAUGGAAGCUCGAAAGAAGCGAUUUGGCGCGUGA